CACCGAUCUCCAGGUUUUCUGAGAUACAUUCAUUUGCAACCAUAUCCAUCCAUUUAGCACUGAGAUCAACCGUCUUUACUGUUUGAUUUUAAUUGUGCAUAUUCAAAAUGGGCUCCACAAACUCCCCAACCCCACCUCCAAUCCGCGCCUGUCUCUUCGACAUGGAUGGUCUUCUAAUCGAUUCCGAAGACCUGUACACGAUAGUGACCAACACGAUUCUCAAACGCUACAAUCGCCCCACGCUACCAUGGUCCAUAAAAGCACAAAUGCAAGGCCGACCAGGCCCCCAAUCCGCACAAAUCUUCCAUAGCUGGGCUCAGUUACCCAUUCCCCCCGAGCAAUUCAUGGCGGAGAACCUCGAGCUACAAAAGGAGUACUUCCCUAAAUCUCAACCGCUACCAGGGACAAUGGAGUUGUUGGAGAAGCUGAAGGUUAGUGGGACCAAGAUGGCACUGGCGACGAGUAGCCAUGCGGUGACCUUCCAAUUGAAGAGUGGACACUUGCCGCAGAUGUUCAAGUACUUUGCGGAGGAGCACAAGGUCUUAGGUGACGAUGUGAGGAUACCUAGGGGUAGGGGAAAGCCAGCCCCUGAUAUCUACCUAUUGGCGUUGAAGACGCUAAACGAGACAUUGAGGGCAAACGGCGAGAAGGAGAUUCAGCCAGAGGAGUGCCUUGUGUUCGAGGACAGUGUUCCUGGUGUAGAGUCUGGGCGGAGAGCUGGCAUGCAGGUUAUCUGGUGCCCGCACCCGGAGCUGCUGCUUGAGUACAAGGAGAGGGAGAAGGAGGUGCUCGCAGGCUUGACGGGCGAGCACAAGGAAGAUGAGGAGGAACAACUCAAGAAGACUGGAGUGGAUGUUGCGCCUGGGAGAAGGCAAAUCGGUGCUCCUGGAGAGAUCGAUGAUGGCUGGGCAACGCUGUUGAACACUCUUGAGGAUUUCCCCUACGAGAAGUUCGGAAUCAAGACAGCUUAGACUGUUAUGCAUGGCAUGACUUCAGAAUGCCCAUAGCGACGAGCCAUGUUUGAUGAGGCAUACUAGAGUAUGCAUAUUCGUGAUACAAGCAUAAGCGCGUACAUAGCAUACACGGUAGACAUGGCAUAGACCCAGUAGAACCCUACAACAAAUAGACAUGCAUGCAUUGCCAGCAACCAGAAUUUGGGCACCUGCGACUAGCUUG